CUAAUUUGAAGAGGGAUUCCAAUCCUAGCCAAGUUGGUUAUACUUCUCUGAGCUCCUAGUGUGGUCAACUUAUGAUUAAGCAUUUGAAUUCCUAUUCCUGAAGUACCCAACAUCAGGAACGGGUCAACCCUUCCAGAAUCGAAUGAAACUACUUAAACGGAGCCGCAUUUUUCUCACUGUCCCAAGCUAAUCUCGGGCCACAUAAAUCUGCAGCGUCCAGAGAUUGAACUGCUCGGUAAUUGGGUUCACGUGCUAUUCCCAAUGGAGCGAUUGUCCGACUCUCGACUCCUUUGUGGUCAGGCAUCAAUUGAAUCCUUUUGCCUCCGUCGCCGGCCAAAUGGCCACUGAUUAAGAUGCCUUCGUGCUGAUACGGGCGUUACUUAUGUGCUUCAUUGAUUGUUUCUCCCACACUCCCCCGGAUGUCUUGAUAAAGAGCAAAAGUGGCCAAAGGUGCGGGAAAUCCCCUUUUAAUUACCUUUCGCUCGAGUUGGCCAACUUUCUCCGAGACUCCAUUAACGUAAGUCGCUGGGAAAAUCUCUGCGCGACAGCAGCAAAGUAUGCAACACUUUUCCAGUUAUUAACUGGCGAUGACUGCCAACGCAAAGGCGGCGGGCGUAGGGCGGGGGGCGUGGCUGGGCCUUGUGGGUGGUCGCGUCAAGUGAUGAACUUAAUAAUAAACGAUGUAAAUAUGAUAAUUUCUCGCAGGAUGUGGCAUCUAAUAAUAAAAUCAAAAUAAUCCCACGCCAGCGACAAAAGUCGCCGAGUCAAGUUUCAACUUGGCGGGAAAAGUGUGCUGAAGGUCGGGUGGCUUGGGUGGCUUGGAUGGCUUGGGUGGGUGGUUUGUCAGUGACAACAGCUCUGCGGGUGGUCAGCUUCUGGGCACAGGAAAAUAUUCAUUCGUCGCAUCCUUCCUGUGGCAGGAAGAGCAGCUGCAGGGCGGGGAAAGCCCCCUGAUUCGGGUCUGGCAUAUGCUGGUGGGUGGGUGGUCCAUGGACUACACAUACAUGCCUUGAUCCCGGGAGCAGGCGACGUCGAUUUAAUUGAUUUGUUUUUUAUGCCAACCAGGAUUACGCGUCGUCGCCGUCACGCAGAUUACAUUUGUCGUGGGCUACGGUUGUGGCUCCCAUGUCUGAGUCACCGCCCCCUUUACAGGGUACAACCUGGAUCAAAGCUAUUCCCUGUUCACAAUUCCACAGCCAACAGAAGUACGUACCUUGAAGAACACGUCAAUGAAACCAUUAGUCAUAUGAUUUCCCAAGAACUCGGAUAUAUGUACUUUCCCACGCAAACAGAAUACUUUUCUGGUUCCAUCAUCCAUCGGAUGCCCCUGUCCCCUUAUAAAUAUCCAGCCACUCGCACUGGGUAUGCAAUAGUCGAUAUGCUGCAAAGGAACAAGGUGCUUAUCGUGUGCAAAGGGGUGGGUGGGUGGUGGUUGAGUGGCUGCACGUGGCCUCUGACUUUGCGACUUCGCUGGCAAAUGCCGGAGCGGCAUUCACCACCAGCUGCGCAGGUGAGCCGUAAUCGUGCCCGGAGCUUCGCCUGCUUCGCGGAUGCCCAUGCUCCCAUCCAAGAUGCCAGAUGCCAGGCGUCCGUCCGGCGCUAAGGAGCGAAAUCCGGCCAGAGCUUCUGGCUAAAGUUUCAGUCGGCGAAUGGCUCUCGUCCUAAACGGUUGACGCGCUCCCGGCACAGACCUCCAUUGAUGGUCAUAGAACAAUCCAAUCGGGUCAAAGGUCAAUUCAACGUAGCAUUUAAAGCAAACCUAAACUUGCUAACCAAAUAUAACGAAGGUGCCAAUAACUAACUGAAAAGUGUAAAAUGCGUUUGAUUAUUUUAAGAAAUAAUCCAUAUACUUAUGUGACUUUUCAUAAAUUCUUGAUCGGAGAUAUUUACUAAAGUUAGGAACGGAAAUAGUUCAGUGGAAAAGACGCACUUGCAAUUUCUGAAAUAUACUUUUGCGGAUAAGACUUUUGCGACCAUGAGCGUCAGCGUGGACGUGGGCGUCAUGUGGCGCCUCUCGGAGGACUUCAACCGGCGCUUUGGCCUCCGGAUGCAGCCGGCCCCGCCAGUUGGGCAGCACCCCCAUCCGCACCACGGCGCCGUGCACCACCACUACCACCACCACCACCAGCACCACCAGCAUCCGCACACCUCGAUGAUCUUCAAUGAUCCGUACCAGCUGCUGAACGCUGCCUCGCACCGAUUGGUUGCCCAGGGCUCGGGGGGCCAGAUCCAGCUGUGGCAGUUUCUGCUGGAGCUGCUCGCUGAUUCGUCCAACGCGAACGCCAUUAGCUGGGAGGGCCAAUCGGGCGAGUUCCGGCUCAUCGACCCGGACGAGGUGGCCAGGCGGUGGGGCGAGCGCAAGGCCAAGCCGAACAUGAACUACGACAAGCUGAGCCGGGCUCUCAGGUACUACUACGACAAGAACAUUAUGACCAAGGUGCACGGAAAGCGGUAUGCCUACAAGUUCGACUUCCACGGCCUGAUGGCCGCCUGCCAGGCUCAGGCGCAGGGAGGAGAUCCGGCCUCCAGUAUGCUGGGUUCCUACAACCACCACGCCGGCGGUGCGAUGCAGUUGGGCCGGCACCCGCCGCCACUGCACCACCACCCACAGCACUCGCAUCCGCACCAUCAGCUGGGGCAGCCCCACUUCCUGCACCCGCACCACUCGUCGCCCGCCUCGAACAGCUCCAGCCUGGGAUUCCCCUCGUCCUCGACGGCCUCUUCGCAGGCCUCGCCCGGCCAGGCGCCCGCCUCCUCCUCCGCCUCCACUUCGAAUUUCACUGCUCCAUUCCAAGGUGGGACAGCCGGCGUAGACCCGGCCAGGACGUCCUCAUCUGCUGCGGGUAACUACGACCAGGGCGCGGUCACUCCCACCACAAAUGCAUUCAACUGAGCACGCCGCAACCCCAAUUUGUCGCCGGGGUUGUAAGUUCCGAUGGGGCAGGAGGAUGCGCAGGACCACCCACUGCGCAGCAGAGAGCGGAGAGCCACCCUGCAUCCCAGCCACCCAGCCAGCCAUUGGGGGUCAGAGCUUCGGCCGUAAAAAGGUCAUUUUGUGUAAUUCCAGCUACUUUGGGUUAAUUGAGGAAUUGUGAUAGCCCGGAGCAUCGCAGAGCAAUACUCGGAAACGAGAGCCAAUUUGUUACUUAGCCUGUUAUCCUUCGCUUCUAGUUGUAAGCAGACAUUCGGCAGAGGUCCUUUAUUCCAUACGAGGUCUCAUCAUUAAAUAAUUCUAAGUUCGCACACACAGUAAAUACAUGAAAUCGCAAAUGCAAA